AGUAGGCGGGUCAAGUAGGAGAAAAACGGCACUGGGCAGGAAUUCAUAACGGGAUAUUUAAGCAUCUUCGUGGGGUUGAUGAUCACGUCCCAGCAGCGGCAUUCCGGUGCAUCUGCCUGACUCUGGAAACCGGCGGUUCCUGGAUGAAACCAAUGCGCAAACGCAUUUUGUCCUAAUCGACAUCCCCUUUGCGCUCCCCAGCCUCUCCUCCUCCUCCUCCUCUUCUUCUUCUUCAUCCUCUCUCUCCUGCUCCACUCGUCUCUCCUCUUGACUACAUCUCCUGCUGGAUGAUUUCAUUUUGUAAAGUCAUUAUCCCCACAAAGGUCAAAAUCCUCUACUUCUAGGAACGGUGAAUUCCUCUGGGAUAAGCCGCCGUUCGCCUCUGGUGCACCUCGGCUGCUUUCUGAAAGUUUCUUAGCGGUGUAGAACCGUGAGACGGAUUGGUCCGGAGCAGCCUUCUUUCGCCGAUCACUUUCAGCUUCUUUCGGAUCUCGGAGAGUGUGUUUUUGGAGUGGUGUUUUUCCUCCGCGGAGUUUGCUAUUGAACCCUGACAAACUGUGAAAUGAGUUUCUUCACGUUUUUCGGAAGCUGGGGUCCAGCAAGAGAAUGGAACAUACUGAGUUAAACUUUAUCUCCUGUUUCAAACCGCGGUGUUCGGGGGGCAUUGAGGUGAUGCAGGUCCCCCGGUCAUCCCAGUGGAGGAGCCAGCUAAUGACGAAUAGCUUUGGCUGCUGAACGCCCCUCACCACCACCUCCCUUAUCCCUCCCUCGCUCCUUCCAUCUCUGAUGGCUCUAUGGGGCGUCGUCAGCCUCAGCCUUCACUGCUGGGUGUGUUUACGGUCUGCGGUAACAGCAGCAGCAGCAACAACCAGCCUCCCCAAUGACAAGCCCGGAGGCCCCCUGGACUGGCUCCUGUCUGAUAAGGGGCCCUUCCACCACUCCCCAGAGUACAUCGACUUUGUGGAGAAGAACCGGCAAGGAUUCUCCACCAGAUACAAGAUAUACAGGGAGUUCGGAAGAUGGAAGGUGAACAACUUGGCAGUGGAGAGGAGAGAUUUCCUAGAGUCUCCAUUACCUCUGACUCCUGAGUUCAUCAGGAACAUUCGACUCCUGGGCCGCAGGCCCACUACCCAGAUGAUUACUGACAAUCUGAUCAGGAAGUAUGGGACUCACUUCCUUCUGUCAGCCACACUGGGAGGAGAAGAGGCCUUAACAAUAUUCGUGGACAAGAGGAAACUGAGUAAGAAAGCAGAGGUGAGCGAUUACUCAGGUAACUCCUCCACUGUGACUCUGGAGGCUCUGCACCAGCUGGCUGCCUCCUACUUCAUUGACCGGGAGAGCACCCUGCGCAAGCUGCACCACAUCCAGAUUGCCUCCACUGCUAUCAAGGUGACAGAGACCCGCACAGGUCCUCUUGGAUGCAGUAACUAUGACAACCUUGACUCUGUCAGCUCCGUGCUGGUUCAGAGCCCUGAAAAUAAAGUCCAGCUGCAAGGCUUACAAGUGAUCCUUCCGGACUACUUAAGGGAAAGUUUUGUUCAGGCAGCUCUCAGCUACAUCGCUUGUAAUGGAGAGGGAGAAUUCGUCUGCAAGGACAAUGACUGCUGGUGCAGCUGCGAUCCUAAGUUCCCAGAAUGCAACUGCCCCUAUAUGGACAUCCAAGCCAUGGAGGAAAGCCUUGAGAGGAUCACAGAGACCUGGGGGCUACUCUACAAAGAGUUUGAAGAGUCAGAUGAAUUCAAGGCGUUUUUUGCCAGGCUGCCUCAAAACUAUUUCCUGAAUGUUUCUGCCAUCCAACACUUGUGGUCCUUGGACAGUCUUUUCCAGUGGCGGUACGAACAGCUGGAAAACAGCAUGCGGCUCCUCUCCAAAAGAGCUCAGAGAGUCAUCUACAAGCUCUUCAGUCUCAGCAAAAGAUGUCACAGACAGCCCCAUGUCCGCCUACCACGAGAACGGCCUCAGUCCUACUGGCUGAGUCAUUUCCAGGCUCUUCUGUACUGCUCAGAGAACAACCAGCUCGGUGCAUUCUCCGAGGAGCUUCAUAGCUGCAGCUGUCGAUACGAACACAGUCCUUGUCAGCUGCCCGCACCGUGCACCGUCGGGGAAGGCUCGUCCUGCGCUUCAUGUGCAGCAGACAACCACACCCGCUGUGGAACCUGCAACACCGGCUUCACCCUCACACAGGGCGCCUGCAGGCCAAUGGUGGUGGACUCUACAGAGAACUACCUGGGCUUCGAGACAGACCUCCAGGACUUGGAGCUGGGAUACUUACUGCAGAGAGCUGACCGCAGGCUAGAGGUUCAUGCAAUAUUCAUCAGCAACGACAUGCGACUCAACAGCUGGUUUGACCCAUCGUGGAGAAAAAGGAUGCUGCUGACUCUGAAGAGUAAUAAAUACAAAUCCAACAUGGUCCAUAUGCUGCUGGGAAUAUCACUCCAGAUCUGCCUUACAAAGAACAGCACCCUGGAGCCGGCCCUUACUCUCUACAUCAAUCCUUUCGGAGGGAGCCAUUCAGAGAGCUGGUACAUCCCCGUCAACGAAAACGGUUUCCCCGACUGGCAAGCCACUAAGCUGGACCUUCCCUUUGAGUGUUACAACUGGACUCUGACGCUAGGCAACAAGUGGAAGACAUUUUUUGAAACCAUCCAUAUCUACCUUCGGAGCAGGAUAAAGACUCAGGAUGCGGUGAAUGACAGUGUUUACUACGAACCUUUAGAAAUGACAGAUCCCACUCGGAACCUGGGCUACAUGAAGAUCAACAGUAUUCAGGUCUUUGGCUACAGCAUGCACUUUGAUCCGGAAGCGAUACGUGACUUGAUUCUGCAGCUGGACUACCCGUACACCCAAGGUUCCCAGGACACAGCCAUGCUUCAGCUACUGGAAAUACGUGACCGGGUGAAUCGCCUGUCCCCUCCAGGACAACAGAGGCUGGACCUAUUUGCUUGUCUUCUUCGGCAUCGUCUCAAACUCACUGCUAGUGAAGUGGUCCGCAUUCAUACGUCCCUGCAGGCCUUCAGCUCCCGUCUGCCCAAUUCAUUGGAUUAUGAGACCACCAAGCUGUGUAGUUAACAGCUGCUUGAAGGGAGGCCAGGACUGUAAAUGGUUUCAAGCAAAAAAUCCUGAACAAAUGAAUUGUACCACUUGUGGUGCUUAUUCUUAGAGUUGUACUCUUGCCUCUGUGGAUUACCAAACUGUAUGGUUAAUCAGGAGACGACCAGCUCUGGACUACCCGGCUGUUGACAGCUGAAGAAUGUACUCAACUGGUUGUUUUUUUUGGUUUCUGUUUUGUGGCGACUAUUUUCAGUGCUAUAUUAUAAAGAAUGACUUGGAUUAGCAAGAACAUGCACAACGGUUUCUCAAGAACAUAAUCUUUAACAAAAAGAAAUCAACAGUAGAAAUUCAGAUACCGCUACAUAAAGUUGAACCAUCUUGUUUCGAUAUGACUGCUCAUUUAUACUGUAAGUACCAUUCCCAAAUGAUUGGACAUUUUAUGCUAAAAAAAAACAA